AAACUCGGAAAACAAAGAUUUAUUCUUAUUCACUUAACCUUGGUACCAUAUUUGGCUAAAGACAAAACCAACACAGCAUUCAGUUCGAGAGCUAAAUUUUGCAGGACUGCAGCCAGAUAUAUAUUAUGCCGUAGUGAAAAAUAAAUUUCUGAUAAUCAAAGAGGGAAAAUAGCCAAUUCUUUAUCUAAUGUAAUAACCGUUCCUGAUGUAAGCCAUAUAUAUGAAUUACCUGUCAUAUAUAAUCAAUAUGGACUCGGUACAUAAAUUCUGGAGCAUUUUCAUUUCAGUAAACCAAAACCAAAUCUGACAAAUAGUGCAUUCUAUGAGAACCCAAUGCAGGAAGUUACUAUUGUGUCUACAGUAGAGAAAUAUAUUGAAUAUCCGAGU